AUGAGCAUAUUGUCCAAUCUGGGUGAAGAUGAUCCUCUGGUUAUCGUUGAUAUUGACGAGGUAGUGGAUAGGUACAGAAAAUGGUACACGUUGUUUCCUCGAGUUGAACUGUUUUAUGCUUUGAAGUGUAAUAACGACGAAAAGAUCGUUAAUGCCCUUGUUAGACUUGGGAGCAGUUUCGACUGUGCAAGCAAGGCCGAAAUACAACAGAUUUUAGAACUGGGCGUCGAUCCUUCUCGUAUCAUCUACGCCAAUCCGUGCAAACAAAACUCGCACCUUACUUACGCCAAAAAACACGAUGUCGACUUAAUGACCUUUGACAGUGAGGAUGAAUUGAUCAAAAUCAAGAUGCUGUAUGAAUCAGCAAGACUGCUGUUGCGAUUCCGACCAAAACAUUCGUACAAAGUUACCUAUGACCUUGGGAAAAAGUUCGGAUGUACCCUCGAUGAAACCAAGGAUCUUUUCAUGUCGGCAAAGAAUAAAGGCUUAAACGUCGUUGGUGUGAGUUUCCACGUUGGGAGUAACUGUGUCAGUGCCGAUGCGUUCUCGUCGUCAAUCAAAGAAGCAAGGAUAAUAUUUGACAUUGGACAACAGGUCGGCUUUGCUAUGGAGACCCUUGACAUAGGAGGUGGCUACCGGGGCAGAGAUAUUGAUCACCCGACUAUAGAAGAGGUAUUUUAA